AUGAUCUCAAAAGCAAGUGAUAUUAGAAAAAAGAUCAGUGACAGUCACACCAACAAGAAGAUUGAUUAUUAUGGGAUAAAGUGCCUUUUACCUGGGCAGGGUGGAACAUCUCAUCUGUCUGUUGUAGCACCAGAUGGAAGUGCAGUGUCUGUCACCAGCACUAUUAAUGGUCGUUUUGGAUCAUUUGUACGUUCGAAUGUGACUGGGAUAAUAUUCAAUAAUCAGAUGGCAGACUUUUCACAACAUGAAGAUAAUAAGAGGCUACCGCCAUGUUCUCAAAAUUAUGUGCAACCUGGCAGAAGACCUUUCUCUGCUAUGUCUCCUGCGAUUAUACUUGACAAAGAUAAAAAGGUGAAAAUGGUGGUUGGAGCUUCAGGUAGCUCCCGGAUCAUCACAGCAACUGCUCUG